AUGGGGUCAAUCUCUGGAAGCAGCGGCGGCAGUUUGAGGUAUCAGCGGGCCAUGGUAGGCACGAGCGAGACACAUGUCGAUUAUGUGAGAAGGAGGAGAUGCAAGGAGGGGCCAAAUGAGAGGAAACCUCAGCUGGGUCGUGUGAGCCCAUUGGAAGAAUCCCUCAAAGGUUUUGUAGGGAAAAGAGGGUCCUGCAUAUUGGAACCAUCGCAAGGAAUGAUAUAUGAUUCUCUCAAUGAGGCCUUCGAGUUUUACAACUUAUAUUCACGGGAGUUGGGAUUUGGCAUUCGCACCAAUAGUAGCAAGACCAAUGAAGCCAGUUACCAACUGAUGGCUGAAAUAGUCUGCAUGUGCCAGGGAAAGCCUGAAGCAGGCGCCAAGCAAUCUGUUAUGUGUGGAUGUAAGGCAAUGAUCCAUUUGCUGCGGAUAGAUGAUCAUGGUUGGUUCAUCAAGGAUAUUAUCAAGUACUUGAGGCAGAACAAUGUGAAUAUCACCAAGGUGUACUUGAUCAUGGCCAGUUUCUUUGGGUCAGUCCAGGACACGCUAGUCACAAAGAGAAAACUGAAGACACUUUGCAACCAGCUAGCAAAGGAGAACUCAGGUAACGAUGUCAUCAAGACAAUGAAUGUGUUCAUGAAGCUUAGAGAUGAAGAUCCUCAAUUUACAUACAAGAUUGACUUUGAUGAGGUUGGUGUCAUAAGAACGUUGAUGUGGACAAAUGGGUGCAACUUGAUGGAGUACUCGAUGUUUGGGGAUGUGGUAACUUUUCAUACCACGUACAAGACAAACUUGUAUGAUAUGCCCUUUGGUAUAUUUGUUGGAGUGAACAAUCACUUCGAGACUGGCAAUGGAGGAAGCAAUUGGAGCUGUGCUGAAAGGCAUGGUUCAUCAGUGGUGCAAGUGGCAUUUCUGCGGCUUGCAAAGGAGAAGUUGGGCUCGGUGUACAACAAGAACAAUGAUUUCAAGGAUGCAUUCCACAAGCUACUGAAUGACAUGCUGAUAGUUGAAGAGUUUGAGGCUACUUGGAAAGAGUUAAUGGAGAUUCAUGGGUUACAAGAACAUCCUUUCAUCGAGAAGAUAUAUGCAGUCAAAAACAUGUGGGAAAAACCUUAUUUCCUAGAUGUUUUUUGCGCAAAGCAAACUAGCACUCAAAGAAGUGAGAGUGUGAAUCACAUGUUCAAGGGAUAUUGCCCUCCUGGCUUGCCGAUGCACCUAUUUGUUACACAAUACCUUAAGCUAGCUGUAGAGCGUGACGCGCAAGGAGAUUAUGAAGAGAGGAUGAACAAGCUAGCUAGUAAGGCUGUGACUUUCAACUUUCCUAUUGAGAGGCAUGCGGCAAAAAUAUACACAGAGAAAGUGAUGAGGAUCAUUGUGAAUGAGAUAUUUCAAUCCGGAAAUUACAUAGUUGAGGUGGAUGUACUAAGAGUUGCCUACAGUGUUGUUCAUUACCACAAAGAGUUGAGAAGAAGAUGGAGCUGCGACAGGUUCGCUAUUACGGUACCAGAAGGUCAUAUAAUGAAGCGUUGGACGCGUGAAACUAGGGACGUCCUGCCAGCACACCUAGUCAACUAUCAGAAGGGUAGUACGUCAUUCAAAUCGCAGAUGUUUCGCCACUCAGCACUGUACAUUGUUGCACUUGAACUAGUGCAGCUAGGGGAUUGCAAUGUGAAGACAUAUGAAUACACAUUUCAAGCUAUAAUAGAAGCGAAGAACGUGAUAGCUGGAAUGGAUCAGACAAGGGAUGGAAUGUCAUUUGAGGAGCAAGUUGCACAUUCGGUUUCUAAUGUUGGUGGCAAGGAACAUGUGGGUAGGAACACGAAAAAUUCUUAG